UACCUCGCUCUGCUCCGUGCUCUCCAUGGCGAGGACAUUCACUGAGCCCUCACUCCCGUGUGGAUCAAAGACCCAGAUCCCGAAGUUCACGGAGGCCUUCGCCAUCAUGGACCAGAACCGUGACGGCUUCAUCGACAAGAACGACCUGAGGGACACGUUUGCUGCUCUGGGGCGUGUGAAUGUGAAGAAUGAAGAAAUUGAUGAAAUGCUCAAGGAGGCUGCGGGGCAAAUUAACUUCACUGUGCUCCUGACCAUGUCUGGGGAGAAGCUGAAGGGCGCAGACCCCGAGGAGGCCAUCCUCAACACGUUCAAGGCCACAAACAUCUGGUCCAUCUCCUCCUCGGAGAACCUCUCUGCUUGCGUGGCCAGCAUCUCCCGGAUGUAGUCAGCCUUCAGCACGCCUUUGCUUUCGGGGUCGAACACCUUGAACUCACCCAUUCAUUCAUUUAGGUAUUUGGGAAUUGAACCCAGGGCCUUUGCACUGAGCUCCAUCCCUGGCCCAAAGGGCAGGGUCUUGCUAAGUUGCCUCCUCAUUCUUUCCUCUCAACUCUUUUUCUAUUAGACCACUGCUCCCUUUGAUGCCCUGACACCAAUUUUCUUUAGAAGGGAGUAGUUCUUUUGCAUUCUUCAUCUUUAUGGAAGUGAGCUGAACCAAAAUAGAACACAGUGGGCAGGCUGUUUGGGAAAUGUGAUUUAGAAAAGCACAUCAGGCAAGGGUUCAGGAGUCAGUCACGGCCUGACUCCGCAUUGGCCUAAUGCCAGGCCCUUGUGAUUCAUGCUCCAUCUCCUGGCCACAGGUGCCACAGGGACAGGAUUUCAGCUUAGUUACGCAGUGGGUCGGUUAAGGUGCUGCUCCUUUCAGCGAUAGCCUGGUUUAAUAUUUACCUCACAAAGGAGCACUGCCCAUGGUGUUAUAAUUGUGCCCCAAAGACUUAGCACUGAGGAUCUUACUUUCUUUUGAUUCACGUAAUCAAGAUAAGAUUUCCCUUUUCCAUAUUUUCUUUGCAUUACAAUACAAUUUAAAAAUCUUCAGC